UCUGAGCGCUCCGCUUCCGGUAUGGAAAGGAAAACUGAGAUGAGCUGAAAACUGAGCUCCUAGUUCCAAAUCCAGCUCCGUUAUACCAGUGCAGAACACAGGCGUCAGGCUGAGGCAAGUCGGGGCAAAUAAUACAACCGGUUGAGUCCACUUCCAUUAAAACCGAGUGAGAUAUAUUUGUAAAGGAACUUCACAUAAUGCUUCUGCAGAUAAAUAAUGGAUGCUCCUGAGUACUUGGAUUUGGACGAAAUUGACUUUAGUGAUGAUUUAGCAUAUUCAGUGACGUCUCUGAAGACCAUCCCUGAGCUGUGCAGAAGAUGCGAUUCUCAGAAUGAAGAAAGACAAGUUUCAGGUACAAACUGGAAUUCUGGAGUGUCAACACUUGGUGGUAAUGGAUUAAAACCAACUGGCAUUGCAGAAGUGUGCAGUAAGUUUAGACCUGUGAAAAGGGUUUCUCCUCUCAAACAUCAACCUGAAACCUCUGAAAAUGAAACUGACACUGACCAGCAGGACCAAAAAGGAGAAUACCACAAAGAACACACAUCAGAAAAGCUACCUCAGCCAGCCAGUGCCUCUCCCAGCGAGGGCCAAGGCUUCAAAGGUAAAGAUGUUAGCUCUGGGGUCUUGUUUGGGGAGCCUGAGCAUUAUGACUUGGACAUGGAUGAAAUCCUGGAUGUGCCCUACAUUAAGUCGAACCAGCAGCUCUCCACAUUGUCAAAGGUAGUUCCUGAGAAAAGGACUGUGGGUAUUGGUUCAAGUGACACAUUUCAUAGCAAGCCUGGCUCCGGAAUAAAUUCUGAGAAUGUGCCAGCCAGUGUAACACAGUUCUGUGUGAUGUCCCCGGUGAAAAGCUCAGAGCUCAGAAAGGCACAAGCCAUUGUCCCAGAACAGAACAGGCACUCGGCUGGAGGAUUAGAGCUUUCCCAGAAUCUGUUUACAUGUGGCUCAGUCUGUGAAGCUGAAGCCCAAGGUAAAAGCUUCACGAACAGGACGUUUGCUGAUUCUCGUGUACAUAAGGCUGACAAGACGAUGCCAAACUGCCUGCCCAGGAUUUUCCAGCUGCAGAGUCCAGCUGGUGAGAGCAAUGUGGACGAAACCAGCAACAGGACCUGGAGUAACAUGGGAGGACGGGGAGAGAGGAACGAGGAUGCAAAGAAAGUCAAAAGCAUCCUUAACAUUGUCAAAGAAGGGCAGAUUUCAUUGUUGCCACAUUUAGCAGUCGAUAACCUGGAAACGAUCCACGAUGAGAAUGGAAACAACCUGUUGCACAUUUCAGCCUCACAGGGACAUGCUGAAUGUUUACAGCAUCUCACCUCACUGAUGGGAGAAGAUUGUCUAAAUGAACGGAAUAGUGACCAGCUCACUCCAGCUGGGUUGUCAAUUAAGAACGGACAUUUGGAAUGCGUACGCUGGAUGGUGAGUGAAACGGAGGCUAUAGCAGAACUGAGCUGCACUAGAGACCACCCAAGCCUUAUCCAUUAUGCAGCAUGUUAUGGACAGGAAAAGAUUAUUUUGUGGUUACUACAGUUCAUGCAGGAACAAGGGAUUUCAUUGGAUGAAGUUGACCAGUAUGGCAACAGUGCAGUUCAUAUCGCUUCUCAACAUGGGCAUCUGGGGUGCAUUCAGACACUGGUUGAAUAUGGUGCCAAUGUUACCAUUCAGAAUCAACAAGGAGAGAAGCCUUCCCAGAGUGCCGAGCGACACGGACACACCACUUGUUCUCGUUACCUGGUAGUUGUGGAGACCUGUAUGUCCCUCGCAUCUCAAGUUGUAAAAAUAACCAAACAGCUGAAAGAGCAAACCACUGUACGGGUCACCUUGCAGAGUCAACUUCAGCAGUUACUGGAAUCACAACAGAUGGAAGAGGGUACACCUAUUGAGUCUCCCAGUUCACCUUUGUCCCCUGGGACAACCAGGACUCAAGUGCCUUUUUCUCCUGAACAUAAGCCAACUGAUCAAAGUAACUCAACACUGCAGAAGAGCUGCAUUGGUAACAUUACCAGCAGGCGACUGCUUAAACAGAAGGAGGAAGACUCUGACAAAAUCUUGCGUCAGCUGUUGGGAAAAGAGAUUGCAGAGAAUGUAUGCACCCAAGAAAAACUUUCUCUGGAGUUCCAGGAUAGGCAGAAGGAAGGGUCUGGAGCUGGAGUGGGGACCACAAUUCUGAGAAGGAUGCCAGCAGAGAAGAGGGAACAGAAGCUGGCUAGACUGCGGCUGAUCAUGCAAAGGUCACUUAGUGAGUCGGACACAGACUCCUAUAACGCUGAAGACCAGAAGAACACUCCUGUUAAGAGAGCUGACAAGUGUCGGCCGCAGCCCAUUGUUGAAAAUGUGGAAUGCACUGAAAGCUUAAACUUCAUGAUCAAAAAACACACAUUCGCUGCUGGACGGAAGUACGCCUUUGCCACUGGUUCAUCAAAAUCUGUGGAUGGACACAGCACCUCUUCAGAAAGCAGCGACCCAGAUUACGAACCACAUUAUCAGACUGGGAGUCUGCCAAGAAUAUCUGCUGGAGAAACAUCUCAGUUUGGCUUGGAUGGUGCCAAUGGCCAAAAGGUUACCACAAGUCCCAAAAGUGCCCUCAAGUCCCCAUCGUCAAAAAGGAGGACUUCCCAAAACUUGAAACUCCGAGUGACCUUUGGAGAAGCUGUUGUGCACGUGGAACAAACGGAAUGUGACUCGAACAGUGACAGAAGCAAAGAGAGUGGGAAAGGAAUGUCCAAGACUCCACCUGGCAGCGAGGCUGGAGACCAUUGGAAAAGACCAUUUGGAACUUUCCGAUCCAUUAUGGAAUCCCUGAGUGGAAACCAGAACAAUAACAAUAACCAUUACCAAACCACUCUUAUCAAGACGUCAACCACCGGUCUACCACAGAAUCCCAUAAGGAGAAAAGCAGCAGAUUCAAAAUCAAACCAAAUUACUCCCACAAAGUUAAAGAACAAGACAGACCCUUGCAGCUUCAGUUCCAAUCACCCCACUUGCAUGCUGAUCACUGAUGGCCUUCCUAACAGUUACUCUGCAUGGUAUGUUUUUGCACUGAUGACCUCAAGAACUCUCUGGAGAAAAUGACUGUAAGAAAUGUAGAAGACUCAGAGUUACAGGAACUCUUCCUUUAAAGGCAGCGUUGUGUCUAUGUGAUCUUCCUUGACUGUGUUGGUGCAAGCGACAUGAAUGUCUUCCUCUGGUUCAUUUUGAGCAACCCUACAUCGAAGAGAGAAUGCAGAAUCCAGAAUGUUAUGAACAUUUACUCUCCCAUAAAAACUCUUGUAAUGCUGAGCCAACAGGUCCUAUAUUGUUUAGGGGAAUUUGAGCUCUCAUUUUCUUUUUCAUAGUUCAUUGAACUUCUAUAAUACAACUAUUUAUAAAUCUAUGCACUUUCAAAAGCAGUUAGACAUGCCAUGUAUUUAAUCUAUUUUUUAACAAAACUCAAAGGAUGUAUGAAUAUAUUCAUUCUUUUCUGAUACAUUAAAGAGUGGUUUAAUCAUUAACACGUUUUAUUAACAUUAUUUUAGAAAUAAAAUGCAUGCCUUUUUUUAAUGAAGACGAACUACAGAUAACUAGCAGUUGAAUAUUUCACUUGGUGGUUACUGUAUGAAAUACACAAUUAUGAAUGAGGGAUUCUAAUUCUUUAAUUACUGUGAUAACCUGUUUUUUUUUUCCCCCUGUAAACUUCAAUUCAUGUGUGGAAUAUAUCUGUAUUUGUUUUCUGGUCUGUUCUUUCAGAACUGUUUGUUAUAUUAUGAAUGUUGCAGUGCAAAGUGAUUUUUACCAUGUCUGUGUAUGGAUACAGGUAUAUGCUAUCUUGGUACUUCAGUAAUGAUUGGAAUCUGAGCCUAUGGAAAUGUAUAUACCACAUACCAUGUUAACAGAUGUUCUGUUAACUCCAGCAGCGUUAACUACAGAUCUCUACUGUUUGUAAAUGAGAAUGUUUACAUGUCUUUCUGUUGGUAUUACAUUUCUGUUUUAACAAUUGCAGUAUUUUACAAAUGGGUGGCACUAUUUUAUACUCUUAUUAACCUGCAUUACUUUUGCAUUUUUAUUUUGUACUGUGUGUUAGGUAAUCCAUAUAGUUGCUAUUAUUGGCAGUGCAAUAACAGUUUGAAUAAAAUGUCUUAAACAUCUGUUUUAUACAUUUUAUAUUAUUAUUUCUAUCAUCCUACAGUAAAUUAAAUGAGAUUUCUUAAGAUAAACAAUAAAGUACUUGGAUGCAGCUGUAGAACAGAUAUAAGAAUACUCCAAUAAAUGUGUUACUAGCUUUAUACUAUUGUAAUGGUUUAAUUCCUUUAAAAUACUUUUUUUUUUU